ACAUUCAUUGUAUUUAAAUUUUUUAUCUUUAAACAACCAAUAAUUUAUUUAUUUUUUUCUAAGAAAAACGACAAGCUCAAUAUAGAAACUAGAAAGUAAAUUUAUUUUAUCAGGUACACACAAGAACCGUACACGCGCUGACAUUCAAAUCCCUCCCAUUUCCCAACUCCCAACUCCCCUAACGGCUACAUUCUUCAUUCUCCCUUCCCCUCUCAACCCAAACCCUACUUUCUCUUCUCUUCUCCGUUCUGUUCUCUGCAACUGCAACCAUGCUUCCAAAAAAUCCAAUCUUUCGGUGUCGGGACACUCCUUCCGCACAUGCUUUCAGAAAACCCAGACCCACGCGAAAACAAAAAUCCAAGGACAAAGAGAACCAUCCUCCUCCUUUCAAGUCCUCCUUGCCCCCAAAACCUCCCAACCCUAACCCUCUUAAGCGCAAGCUUUCCGACCAUUCCGUUCCCCCCACCCCCGGUUCCGGCGUCAAGGUUAUUGUGAGAAUGAGGCCUGCAUGCGAUGACGGGGACGAGGGAGAUUCCAUAGUUCAGAGGAUUUCCAGUGAUUCCUUGUCCAUCAACGGUCAGAGCUUCACAUUUGAUUCCGUUGCUCACAGCAAUGCUACUCAGUUGGGUAUUUUUGAGCUUGUUGGGGCGCCUCUUGUAGAGAAUUGCUUGGCUGGAUUUAAUAGUUCUAUAUUUGCAUAUGGGCAGACUGGGAGUGGGAAAACUUAUACCAUGUGGGGUCCUGCCAAUGCUUUGUCAGAUGGCAAUUCAGCAAGUGAUCAACAAGGCCUUGCGCCUCGUGUUUUUGAAAGACUCUUUGCCUGCAUAAAUGAGGAGCAAAUUAAGCAUUCUGACAAGCAACUCAAGUAUCAGUGCCACUGCUCUUUUCUCGAGAUAUACAACGAGCAAAUAGCAGAUCUAUUAGAUCCAAAUCAAAGAAACCUACAGAUUAGAGAAGAUGUCAAAUCUGGUGUCUAUGUUGAAAAUCUUACAGAGGAGCUAGUGUGUACGAAGAAAGAUGUGACUCAGCUUUUGAUAAAGGGUUUGUUAAACAGAAGAAUUGGUGCAACCAGUAUAAAUUCUGAAAGUUCACGUUCUCAUACUGUUUUUACUUGUGUGGUUGAAUCUCGAUGCAAGAGUACUGCAGAUGGUGUAAGCAGAUUUAGAACAAGUAAAAUAAAUCUUGUUGAUCUAGCUGGGUCAGAACGACAAAAAUUAACGGGUGCAGCAGGAGACCGUUUAAAGGAAGCUGGCAAUAUUAAUAGAUCCCUUUCACAGCUUGGGAAUUUGAUAAAAAUUCUAGCUGAAGUUUCUCAGACAGGAAAGCCGCGACAUAUACCAUAUAGAGACUCCAGGUUAACAUUUUUAUUGCAGGAGUCUCUUGGUGGAAAUGCAAAAUUAGCUUUGGUUUGUGCUAUUUCCCCAGCACAAAGUUGUAAGAGUGAAACUUUUAGUACAUUGAGAUUUGCACAAUGUGUAAAGGAUAUCAAGAAUAAAGCAGUUGUCAAUGAAGUAAUGCACGAUGAUGUGAAUCAAUUACGAGAUGUGAUAUGCCAACUCAGGGAUGAACUGCAUCGAAUUAAAGCAAAUGGUUACAGUCCAAGUGAUGGAAGUCGAGGUCAUUCAGCAGCUUUGAUCAGAAGAAGUUUGAAUUUGUUGAAGCCUACCCUCAAUCGCCCAUUAUCACUACCUCAUGUUGAUGAGGAUGGUGAUGAGGAGAUGGAGAUUGAUGAGGAAGGUGUCGAGGAUCAUGCUGUAGUUCUCCACAACUCAAAUGGAGGUUUUGCUGGUUUUUCAGCCCCUAAUGGAUCUAUUGGUUCUCCUAGUGCUGCAAUGAAUGGUGACAGCCUUGCUGGCGGCAUGGUUAAAUGCAAAACAUCCCCCAUCCUCAAAUCCCCUCCUUCCAGCCUUUCACCAACAAUCAGCAGCGGCAGGAAAAGUUUGAGGACCUCAUUAAAGCAGUCUCCUUCUGAGAAUAAUAUUCAUGGUGAAAGUGAUUUAGGCACAAACACCGUUAACCAGAAAUGCUUGUCUACUGCUCUCUCUAGCCAGACAGCUCCAAAUUUCGUAACUAAAACUGAAAAUUUAGCAGUAAGCAUCCGCCAUGGUCUUGAAAUUAUUGAUAGCCACCAUCAUGGUUCAUCGUUAUCGAGUCUCUCAUUGAGACCCAAAGAUUCCAGGCUAAUUAUUCCUGUGGAAAAAGUUGAUGUCGGAGUCCAGACUUUUCUUGAUGAUAAUGCCAAAAAGGAAGAUUAUGCUAUGCUUACCUGUAAUAACUGUAAAAGCAGAAUGCAGCUUGAUGUCAAUGAGAUUGACAAUAGCUCAAAUGUGCAGCAGUUACCGAUUGAUUGCCCGCAGUCAACUGGUAAACCAAAGAAGCAAAUUCUGAAAGCAGUAGAGAAGGUUUUGGCAGGAUCGAUAAGGAGAGAAAUGGCACUAGAAGAGUUCUGUGCAAAGCAGACUUCUGAUAUAAUGCAGCUCAAUUGCUUGUUGCAAAAGUACAGGCAAGAGAGGGAAUGCAAUGCCACAAUAACACAGAUAAGAGAAGAUAAAAUUCUACGGCUUCAGAGCCUUAUUGAUGGUGUUUUAUCCACCAAGGAGUUCAUGGAUGAAGAGCUGGUGUCCCUCACACAUGAAAACAAGCUUUUAAAGGAGAACCAUGAGCAUCAUUUAGAAGUUCUGAAGAUGAAGAUAGAGUUAAAAAGAGUACAAGAUGAGUUACAAGAGUAUCAGAAUUUUUACCAAUUUGGGGAGAGGGAAGUGUUGAUGGAAGAGAUAUGUAGUUUAAGAAACCAGCUUCACUUUUAUGUUGACUCUUCAUCCACAGCCGCAACAAAGCAAUAUCCUCCAUUGCAAUUGACUUAUUCAUCUGAACCUAGUUUGGAAGCAAACCUCACUGCCAUUCCAGAUUUAACAGAGGCUAGCACUAAGGCAAACGCAAAUCCAGAAUCAACUGAAGACAGUGCCAAAGUAAAACUUGAGCAGGAAAAAAGUCAAUGGACCGAGGCAGAAAGCAGGUGGAUUUCUCUAACUGAAAAACUGAGAGCUGAACUUGAAACUAGCAGGUUACUAGCUGAAAAGAGGAAGCAGGAACUAGAUACUGAGAGGAAGUGUGCGGAGGAACUGAAUGAAACAAUGCAAAUGGCUAUAGAAGGCCAUGCACGAAUUUUAGAACAGUAUGCUGAUUUAGAAGAGAAACACAUCCAAUUGCUUGACAGGCAUAGAAAGAUCCAGGAUGGAAUUGAUGAUGUCAAGGAAGCAGCUUCCAGAGCAGCAGGAGUAAGAGGUGCAGACUCUAAAUUCAUAAAUGCCCUUGCAGCAGAAAUUUCAGCAUUAAAAGCAGAAAAAGAAAAAGAAAUGGAAAUCCUAAGAGAUGAAAAUAGAGGACUUCGAGCUCAACUGAAGGAUACUGCUGAAGCAGUGCAAGCUGCAGGUGAACUUCUUGUGCAACUUAAUGAAGCAGAAGAAGCUGUCAUUACCGCACAGAAGCGGGCGAUGGAUGCAGAGCAGGAAGCUGCAAAGGCCUACAAACAAAUUGAUAAAUUGAAGAAGAAACAUGACAAGGAGAUUAGCACACUUAAUAAGCUACUUGCCAAAACACAUUUGCCUAAUGAAGAAAUACGACCUACUUUAGAUGACCUUGUAAUGCCUACUUGUGAUGACACCAAGGUGCCGAACAAUGUUAAUGGUCAAUUUGAGUUAUUUUGUAGCGAAGAGGAUAUUGAACUAGCAAAUUUGGCAGACCAAUCAUGGUUGUCUUCUUAUGACACAUGCAACAUAUAGAUUAAUCUUCCAGUUUGUGUUCAUUGUUCAUGUGAUUUGUUCAACUACAAGAAAAGCCUCUCUCUUAUUCCACUAGGUGUUCAUAUGA